CAUACAGUAUUUCAUCUUAAUGCCGAGAGAAGGUAUUCUUAUGGAAAUAAAACAAGUAUUUGACAUGGUUAUUAAUCCGGAAGGCCGACUGGGAUCACGGUGUUUGCUGCUCUCGCUUCUGCUCCUUGAAGUCUGGGAGGCUGGGAGCGGCCAAAUCCACUACUCGGUCCCCGAGGAGGCCAAACACGGCACCUUCGUGGGCCGCAUCGCGCAGGACCUGGGGCUGGAGCUGGUGGAGCUGGUACCGCGCCUGUUCCGGGUGGCGUCCAAAGACCGCGGGGACCUUCUGGAGGUAAAUCUGCAGAAUGGCAUUUUGUUUGUGAAUUCUCGGAUCGACCGCGAGGAGCUGUGCGGGCGGAGCGCGGUGUGUAGCAUCCACUUGGAGGUGAUCGUGGAAAGACCGCUGCAGGUUUUCCAUGUGGAGGUGGAAGUAAAGGAUAUUAAUGACAAUCCACCGGUGUUUCUGGUAAAGGAACAAAGAGUGCUGAUUUACGAAUCAAGGCUGCCAGAUUCUCUGUUUCCACUAGAGGGCGCGACGGAUGAGGAUGUUGGCCCAAAUUCCAUUUUAACCUAUGAACUGAGUUCCAGUGAAUACUUCGUACUAGAUGUGAAAACAAAGAGUGAUGACAAUACACAAAUUGGACUCGUGUUAAGGAAAUCUUUGGACCGAGAGGAAACUCCCGAACAUAGUUUAUUCUUGACGGCCACUGACGGAGGCAAACCUGAGCUCACUGGCACGGUUCAGCUGCUGGUCACUGUACUGGACGUGAAUGACAAUGCUCCCAGUUUCCAACAGUCUGAAUAUGAAGUAAGAAUAUUUGAAAACUCAGACAACGGAACAAUAGUUAUCAGAUUGAAUGCUUCUGAUCCCGAUGAAGGAGCUAAUCGGGAGAUUUCUUACUCUUUUAAUAGCCUUGUUCCACCCAUGGUUAUUGACCAGUUUAGCAUAGAUACAAAUACUGGAGAAAUAACAAUUCGAAAGAAUCUGGAUUUUGAAAAAGUGAAUUCAUAUAAAAUCCGUAUUGACGCCACGGACAGAGGCCACCCACCAAUGGCAGGUCAUUGUACAAUUUUGGUAAAAGUCUUAGAUAUUAAUGAUAAUGUCCCUGGGAUUUCCUUGACUUCGUUGUCCCUUCCAGUAAGGGAGGACGCUCCACUCGGUACCGUGAUUGCCUUAAUCAGCGUGUCGGACCGUGAUUCUGGCGCCAACGGGCAGGUGACCUGUAUUCUGUCACCCCACGUUCCCUUCAAGCUGGUGUCCACUUUCAAGAAUUACUAUUCGCUGGUGCUGGACACCUGGGAGGCUGGGAACGGCCAGGUCCAUUACUCGGUCCCCGAGGAGGCCAAACACGGCACCUUCGUGGGCCGCAUCGCGCAGGACCUGGGGCUGGAGCUGGCGGAGCUGACCGACCUCAUGGCCUUCAGCCCCAGUCUUCCUCCAGGUCCUGGAUCUAUAGAUGGAACGGGAGAUCCGCAUGCUUGUUUGGACUCCUCUGGGAAGCACUUUACUGUUUUCUUGAAAACAGGAACCACCACUGAGCCUNUGGAGGUGAUCGUGGAGAGGCCGCUGCAGGUUUUCCAUGUGGAUGUGGAGGUGAAGGACAUUAACGACAACCCGCCUGUGUUUCCUGGAACACAAAAGAAUCUGUUCAUCGCGGAAUCCAGGCUGCUUGACUCUCGGUUUCCACUAGAGGGCGCAUCCGAUGCAGAUAUCGGGGAGAACGCUUUGCUGACUUACAGACUGAGCCCCAAUGAGCAUUUCUCCCUGGAGGUACCGACCACCGAUGAACAGGUAAAACCUCUUGGACUUGUAUUAAGGAAACCUUUAGAUAGGGAAGACACUCCGGAGAUUUUUUUACUGCUCAUAGCCACUGACAGAGGCAAACCUGAGCUGACUGGCACCGUUCAGUUGCUCGUCACAGUGCUGGACGCCAAUGACAAUGCCCCAGCUUUCGAUAGAACACUCUAUGCGGUGAAAUUACCAGAAAAUGUUCCUAAUGGAACGUUGGUAAUUAAACUUAAUGCCUCAGAUUUAGACGAAGACAUGAAUGGGGACAUUAUUUACUCAUUUUCCAGUGAUAUCUCUCCAGAUGUAAAGUCUAAGUUCUACAUAGACCCCGUAAGUGGAGAAAUUAUAGCAAUUGGACAUAUUGAUUUUGAAGAAAGUAAAGCCUACAAAAUUCAAGUAGAGGCGAUUGAUAAAGGCUUCCCACCCCUGGCUGGUCACUGUACAGUUCUUGUGGAAGUUGUGGACGCUAAUGACAAUGCUCCACGGUUGACUGUCACUUCCCUGUCUCUUGCUAUCUCAGAGGAAGCUCAACCCGGCACAGUCAUAACCUUGAUUAACGUGUCUGACAGAGAUUCUGGAGCCAACGGGCAGGUGACAUGCACCCUGACACCUCAUGUCCCCUUCAAGCUGGUGUCCACUUUCAAGAAUUACUAUUCACUGGUGCUGGACAGCACCCUGGACCGCGAGAGCGUGUCGCACUAUGCUGUACCACGGGAUGUCGCGGUAUUCCACAAAAUAGCUUUUUUAGAACAAAGGCAUAACCCUGUGUUUCCCAAGGAGUAG